AUGUCACAGCAGCGGAAGCCUCUGAUUGGACGGGAGAUUCCGGCAGCUGCUAUAAAACCUGAAGCUCCAACGAGAAACAGAGACAGAAGAAGAGACACCGGACACAGAGACAAGAUGCAGUUCUGUGGCUGUUUGCUGAUUUCCUGUUUGAUCUUCAUCACCUUCCUCCACGUCAGGGUCGAUGGCUUCAGACAGCAGCGUUUAGACCGGCCCAUCUCCAGGACACUAGGGGGUCUCCGGCCCCGUCAUGGAGGGGUGAAGGAGGGGGAGGAGCUAACGGCCAAGCUGCUGCGAUUGGACGAGCUGGUGAGGAUGGAGAAUGAUGUCAUGGAGCCGAAGAGGAAGAGGAGUUUCCCUGGCAACAGCGCCCCUCUGGACCGCCUGUCAAUCAGCUCCAUGGAAACCAAACAGGGCGGGACCAAGCAGAGAAAGGUAUCAGAGUUGCCACGGCAACGAGUGAACCCGCCCCCCAUCGACCGGAUCGGGAUGAGUCGCCUCCCGAACGGUCGAGGAUAGUAAGCCCCGCCCCC